UAUGGGCAAAAUAUUUUCCAUUAAAGUAUUUUGGCUUUUUGCUGUGUUUUAAGGGGCUUCCUUAUUUCAAGAUUAUUUUACAAAUAAUCUGAUUUUUGUCUGGUACUUGUAAAGUGUUGAUUCUAUAUGGAAUUUAUUUAGAUAAGGGAUGAAGUUAGAAUCCAGCUUUGCUUUUCUCCCCCUAAAUUGUACCCAUUGAUAACAUUUUCCACUAUGCAUAGGAUACUUUAUCUUUCUGUUUACUUGAAAAUGCACUUGUGUCUUACACUAAAUUCUUCCCUGUGCUCGGGCCUAUUUGGGGAGGGUUGUUGUGGUUCUCAGAUGUGUCUAUUUUAUUUUGUGUGUAUGGGUGGUUUUGCUUGUGUGUAUGUAUGUCUAUGUACCACGUGUGCCUGAGGAGACCAGAAGAGGGUGUGAGAUCCCCUAGAACUGGAGUUACAGAUGGUUGUGGGCCUCCAUGUAGGUACUGGGAAUUGAACCCAGGGUCUCUAGGAGAACAACUAUCGUCUCUGCCCCUAUUUGGGGAGUUUCGGGUGGUUUUGAUGUACAUAAGGAUUUUUUGUUCAAUUGCUUGGUUGGUUGCUUGCUUUUUGAGACAGGGUUUCUUUGUGUAGCCCUGGCUAGCCUGGAAUUAGCUUGUAGACCAUGUGGAUCCUAGGAACCACACCCCGGUCAUCAAACUUGACAACAGGUGCUUUUCCCCACGGAGCCAUCUUGCCUGUCAUCUUUUAGGUCCCCAUGUCUACCGGUGCCUGACUCUGCCUGUCCUCAGUAGACCAACCCUGUGUUGGUAUAGAUAUCUGGCCCCACGGCCCAUACUCAUUCUUCUGGAUUCUUCUUUGCAUCUGUUAUUCCUCCCCACUGGAUCCCCUGAUUUCUGUUGUCCUCGAAUUCCAAAGAAACCAAGAUGGCAGCAGCCGGACUUCUGCCUCUGCCAGCAGCACCCCAGGCCAAAGUGACCUUUGAGGAUGUGGCUGUUCUGCUCUCUCAGGAGGAGUGGGCCCGCCUGGGCCCUGCUCAGCGGGGCCUCUACCGAAAUGUCAUGAUGGAGACCUACGGGAAUGUAGUCUCACUGGGACUUCCAGGAUCUAAGCCUGUUGUGAUCUCCCAGCUAGAGCGAGGAGAAGAUCCGUGGGUCCUGGAUGGACAGGGAACUGAGCUGAGCCAGGGCCUGGGAGGUGACCACUCAGAAUGCAAAGCCAAGGAAGAGAACCAAAACACAGACUUGAAUGUACAACCGUUAAUCUCAGACGAAGCAUCAGCGACUCUGAGAAAGAUUGAUGAAGAACAUUACAAAACAGAGCCGAACUUCUGUCCAAAGCCCGUUGGCCCUCAGAAGGCUGAAGUGUUGAACCCUAGUGUACCAGUUGCUCGACCCCAGAUGGCUCCCAGUGUUGAGAAACCCUAUAUAUGCAUUGAGUGUGGAAAGUGCUUUGGUCGAAGCUCUCAUCUCCUCCAGCAUCAGCGAAUACACACUGGGGAGAAGCCCUAUGUGUGCCACGUCUGCGGAAAGGCCUUCAGCCAGAGUUCUGUCCUUAGCAAGCACAGGCGGAUCCACACAGGCGAGAAGCCCUAUGAGUGUAACGAAUGUGGGAAAGCCUUUCGAGUGAGUUCUGACCUUGCUCAGCACCACAAGAUACACACAGGAGAAAAGCCUCACGAGUGUCUGGAGUGUGGGAAGGCGUUCACCCAGCUCUCCCACCUCAUCCAGCAUCAGCGGAUCCACACCGGGGAGAGGCCCUAUGUGUGUCCCUUGUGUGGGAAAGCCUUCAACCACAGCACGGUCCUGCGGAGCCACCAGCGGGUGCACACUGGGGAGAAGCCUCAUGGGUGCAGCGAGUGCGGGAAGACAUUCAGCGUGAAGAGGACGCUGCUGCAGCACCAGCGGGUCCACACUGGGGAGAAGCCCUACACGUGCAGCGAGUGCGGGAAGGCCUUCAGUGACCGCUCCGUGCUCAUCCAGCAUCACAACGUCCACACCGGGGAAAAGCCCUACGAGUGCAGCGAGUGCGGCAAGACCUUCAGCCACCGCUCCACGCUGAUGAAUCACGAGAGGAUUCACACGCAGGAGAAGCCCUACGCCUGCUACGAGUGCGGGAAGGCCUUUGUCCAGCACUCGCACCUCAUCCAGCACCAGAGAGUCCACACCGGAGAGAAACCCUACGUGUGCGGCGAGUGCGGGCAUGCUUUCAGUGCGCGCCGGUCCCUGAUCCAGCACGAGAGAAUCCACACAGGCGAGAAACCCUUCCAGUGCACCGAGUGUGGCAAAGCUUUCAGCCUGAAAGCAACCCUCAUCGUGCACCUCAGGACCCACACGGGCGAGAAACCCUACGAGUGCAAUAGCUGCGGCAAAGCGUUCAGCCAGUACUCGGUGCUCAUCCAGCACCAGAGGAUCCACACGGGAGAGAAACCCUAUGAGUGUGGCGAGUGUGGACGCGCCUUCAACCAGCACGGGCACCUGAUCCAGCAUCAGAAAGUCCACAAGAAACUGUGACCCCUGGCCGUCAGAAGCCCGCGCUUAGGACAUGCACAAGACCUAAACAACCUUCCCCCAGGAGGGAAUUCUGUUAACUCUGCAGAGCCUCCCUUUGGUGACUUGGUUACAGUCCCAUGUCCCUCCUGGGGAAAAACUCAGCAAAUGUCUAUUUUCCUCAACAUCUUCACGUUAAAUUGGAGAGGAAUCCUAUAAUUGUAGAUACUGGUAAAGACUGGCAUAAUUCUACCUUUGUCUAUUUGACAUGAGUUAGUUUAUUGAAGCAACUGAAAAUCUAUAAAGCUAAAGCGUGGGAACUAUUCACAUUUCAAAUGAAGUUUCUUUUCUUACAUAACUUCAUGACAUUCCUAAAUGUAUUUGAUCAUUCUAAUAAUAUUGUGCUUAAAUUUAGAAUGUGAAAUCAUUUUCAGUGUCCUUUUAAAACACUUAAGUGCUAUGUUGAUAAAGUGAUAUUAAAAAAGCAAAA